AUGGACAGACAUCCUGCCGCGGGGCGCUUCCGUGCGUUCACCUCUACCUCUAACACCAAUUCCUCGUCCUCUCCAGACCAUCCUGCCCCUCAAUCUCGCAGAGAUAGUUCUGGCUCGGAUUCCCCACCUUCGGGUGAGGGGCGCGUAAUCCACGGCCCUCAGCCCCCUCAGGCUUCUCACUUGGCCUGCGGGACUCACCCUGGACCACUUUCAGGCGAAAUUCCGCCCGUUAGCGGUCCUCCUCGUCCCUAUAAUGCGAGCGCCACAGUUUACGUGGACGACUUUCCAUACAUCCCUCAGGGCUCCCCUAGGUCAUCCCAGCGCUCUCAGAUCGCGUCCACGGGCGUUCAUGUUCCCUACCAAGCCGCUUUCGUCAACCACCAUGCGCAGAUGGCUGCUCCCAUAGCUCCUCCUGCCCCCCAGCCUAGCCCGCGUGGCCCUAGCAGUGGUGAGAGCAGCCCGAGUGGCUCAAUUCACAGCCAUGGCAGUGACCAUAGCGGCGUAAGCCACGGAAGCCCGUCUACCGGCGCGAGCGUACACAAUUCCGCGCAGGGGGACCAGGAUGUGCAAAUGGAGGGUGCAAACAUGGAGGAGGCGGGGCUGGGGUUCAGGCGUGAGCACUAUCCUGCGUACGACGCCUCCGCCCGCCGCAUUGGGCUCGAGCAUCUGCGCUACGACGCGUUGCCGUCACAGACCACGGGGCAAUCUCAUUAUCGGCCUCGUACGCACGCGUACCCCCGCGGAGACUCAGGUCCGCGCGUGAUCUCGCUGUCUUUGGACGCGCCGAGCACGCCACAGGCGGCGGGGACUACCACGGCCGCCGCUAACAGCCCGUCCGCUGCUGUCCCUUAUACUCCGACUGCUACCCCGGAUGUGGAACGUAUGUCUAUCGUGGAGCCUGAGCGCGCGUUCAGCGCUGCGCCGACGCCCGCCCCGUCGCAGACGGGCGCCUCUCCGCCACCCGCGGCUCAGACGCCCCGCGGAGCUCGCGCGCUGCAGCCGGACAUCCCAGACCCUGCGCCCAAUCUGAGGCAGCUGCUCGGACUUGGACCUGAAGAGGAAGUCAGUUUGUUCUCGCUGGCCGACCCGCCCCCUGGUGAGAAGCCGAGCUACCCGUAUCCGACUCUGAUCAAAUUGGCAAUCCAUGGAAGUCCAAAGAUGCGUCUUACUUUGCAGGAAAUCUAUGAUGCGCUACAGGAGCGCUUCAAGUGGUUCGAGGACAACCAGAGCGAAACGGCCUGGAAGAACUCGAUCCGCCACCAGCUAUCCCUCAAUAAGCUCUUCCGCCGUGUUGCUAGGCCUAUCACCGAGCCGGGCAAGGGCAGCUACUGGGUGGUAGACUACUCCCACGGCGAGGGAAACAAGCGGCCUCGCAAGCGCAAUAAGAGGCCUACGAAGGCUGAGCUCAUUGCCAGACGUGCGGCAAGAGGAUCUACCUCUCGCCAGGACGCGGAAACCUCGAGCGACGAAGACGAUGCCAGUACGGAGUCCCCGACCCUCGGCGGCUCUGGUGCUAGCCAGAGCCAGACAUUGUCCACUUCCGCCAGCCAGGUCGAGGAGCAUAACAUAGAUCCUGUGCUCAGGAACCAGGGCCAUGUCAUCGGGCAAGCACACAUGCGCUUGACGACCAGUACCGUGCGCUCCAGCACCAGGAGGGGCCAAUCUCCGUACCCAGCUGCCUCGUCUCAGGGCCAUGCUCGAAGUUCUACUCUCCCUAGCACUGGCACGCCUUCGAUAUCACCUCAGGGCGCACCGCAGAUGCCGACGCCCCAGCGCGGCAGGCCCUUCGGCCAGGUCACCUUCGUGCAACCCCCCUACACCCAGGCCUCGUUCAGCCAGCCCCCGGUCACUCAGCCCUCGAUGGCCUCCUUCGGCCAAACCUCCUUCGGACAGCCCACGUUCGGCCAGCCCUCGUUCGGCCAGCCCUCGUUCGGACAGCCCUCGUUCGGCCAGCCCUCGUUCCCGCCGCCUACUGCCCCCGCUUUGCGGUUGCCGAACGCACUGUGGCCGGCUAGCUCGUCUGCGCCGUCCUCUGGCCCUGGUACGCCUGCGCAAGGCCACAUGUCGUCUGCGUCCAGCGCUGCGCGCUCGCGCAUGGUGGGCGCCCCGCCACCUCCGCGCAUCACGCCGGCCCGCCCUGGGAAUGCCCCGGAGGCUCGCCACGCUGCCACGCCUGCCCCCAUCGUUCAGCCUGUCCCCCGCACUGGGACUGAGCACAUGCGUGACGUGAACGACAUCAGUUCGCGCAGGGUCCAGGGCGGCGCGUCCAUGUCCGCGUCCGCCUCUACGUCCACCGGCAGGCUCUUGGAGCAGUAUGCCCAGCAGAUGCCUGCCCACGGCGGCGCUCCCCAGGGCCGGAGGCGCGGGAGUCGUUCCUCUGGCUCCAGCUCUUCUAUGGAGUGA